AAAGACAAAAAACAAUUCUAUUACAUUACAUUUUCUCUCUCUUAAAAUCUUUCACUCUGUUUUCUUUGAAAUUUCCAGGAAGAAACCUACGAUCCGCUGUUUUAUCAAUAGCGUGAUCUAAGGUUUCUCUCUCUAUUUCCUCUUUCAUUUUCACCUACUCAAUUUUAGGUUUUCUCUUUUAAGAAAAAAAUAUUAUUUUUUAAAUUCAGUAUAAGAAAUGAGCGAUCACGUGGUGUUGUACGUUGAUCGGUUGAUUACGCCGUCAUCUUCCUCUCCGGAGGAAAUGGCUGAUCGGGCGGUUGCUGGACCUUCUUGUUCUAGGCCAAAUGAGGAACCCAACGGUGUCGUUCAGGAGAAGGGAAACGAUGAUAAUGAUAAUGAAGAGGAGCCGUUGAUUAAGGUUGCUGAAUGCCGCAUUUGUCAAGAGGAAGAUUCUGUUACCAAUUUGGAGACUCCCUGUGCCUGCAGCGGUAGCCUCAAGUAUGCUCAUAGGAAGUGUGUUCAGCAUUGGUGCAAUGAGAAAGGAGAUAUCACUUGUGAGAUAUGUCAUAAGCCUUACCAACCUGGUUAUACUGCUCCACUUCGUCCACCUCAAGCUGAAGACACUGCUAUUGAUAUUGGCGGAGGCUGGACCAUAUCUGGCACUCCUCUAGAUCUUCGUGAUCCUCGCCUAUUGGCAAUUGCAGAAGCGGAACGUCAUUUUCUGGAAGCUGAGUAUGAUGAGUAUGCUGCUUCAAAUGCCAGUGGAGCUGCAUUUUGCCGUUCAGCUGCUUUGAUUUUGAUGGCCCUUCUACUUUUGCGGCAUGCAUUGACUGUUACAGAUGCUGAUGGAGAUGAUGAUGUGUCUACAUUUUUCUCUUUUUUCUUGCUAAGAGCAGCUGGUUUUCUUUUGCCUUGUUACAUCAUGGCUUGGGCCAUCAGCAUCCUGCAGCGACGAAGGCAAAGACAGGAGGCUGCAGCAUUGGCAGCAACACAAGUUGCUUUUGUGCUUCAGUCUGGCCAACAUAGGGGUCUGCAUUUCACAAUAGCAUCAGGACCUCAAGUAACUGCACAUCAAGAACCUGUUUAACCAGGAAAAAAUGAAACGAGAAUUGAAAAAAAAAAAAAAAUCCAAUGAAUAAUGUUUUAUGUGUGAUGACCAGUUAAAGAGCCAUGAUGCUCAAUCGGCAACCUUAUUUUGUUUCCCUGUUCCAUGGUAAUGUAUAUAUAAUUUCACAUCAUGAGGAGCUGCAAAAUUGUUUGAUAUCUAAAUCUGCUGUUCUAUAGGAGCAUUUGACUUA